AUGGCCAAGACCAAAGAGCUUUCCAAGGAUGUCCGGGACAAGAUUGUGCACAAGGCUCGCAUCAAGACUGCACAGAGGCGGGUGGUGAUGGCCUCCCUCUAUCUGGGAACCGGUCAGCUGGAGCAGGAGCUGGUGGACUGUAUGGAGGAAGCCCUCCAACGUUCCCAGGACAACAGCCAGUCUCCAAACCUGAAAGUCUCCGUAUUGCUUGACUACACACGCGGAUCACGAGGAAAGAUUAACUCAAGGACCAUGCUGCUACCUCUGCUGCAGCGCUUCACAUCUCAGAUGAGGGUAUCUCUGUACCACACUCCAGAUUUGAGGGGGCUGCUGCGCUUGCUAGUCCCCCAGCGCUUCAACGAGACCAUCGGAGUCCAGCACAUCAAAGUCUACCUGUUUGAUGAUAGCAUCAUCAUCAGUGGGGCCAACCUGAGCGACUCGUAUUUCACCAACAGACAGGACCGGUACGUGCUGCUGGAGAACUGCAGGGAGGUCGCCGACUUCUUCUCCGACCUGGUGGAGGCCGUGGGAGACGUCUCCCUGCAGCUCCAGCCCGACGACUCGGUCACCAUGCUCGAGGGCAUGGUGCACCCGUACAAAGGCAACCGGCAAGAGUUCUCGGCAGUGGCGAGGAAGCGGAUUAUGGAGGUUGUAAACUCGGCCCAUAUUAGGCAGCGGCUUCUGAACCAGUCGGAGGACUCUGAGGAUGAGGGGAUGAGCGAGGUGGAGGAGGACACCUGGGUGUUCCCCCUGGUGCAGAUGAAACCUCUUGGCAUCAGAGUGGACGAGCAGGUCACACAGCGUCUGCUGACCGAUGCCGGACCCGAGUCUACUGUGUUUCUCACAUCGGGUUACUUCAAUCUGACCCGGGCGUACAUGCGGCUGGUGCUCAAGGCUGGAGCCAGUUACCGUAUCCUCACCGCCUCCCCCGAGGUCAACGGGUUCUUUGGGGCCAAGGGCAUCGCUGGAGCAAUCCCUGCAGCGUACACUCACAUCGCCAGGCAGUUUUACAAACGGGUGUGCCAGGGGGGCCAGCAGGAGAGGGUACACCUGCAUGAGUACCACCGACCAGAGUGGACCUUCCACGCUAAAGGUCUGUGGUAUUACCUCCAGGGGCAGGAUCGGCCUUGCCUCACUCUAAUUGGCUCCCCUAAUUUCGGUUACCGCUCGGUUCACCGUGACCUGGAGGCCCAGAUUGCCAUAGUAACGGAGAAUGAGGAGCUGCAGAGCCAGCUGCAGGAGGAGCAGGAGAUGUUGUACCGGCGCUCCACUGAAGUGUCCACCUCUACGUUCGAGCGGCCCGACCGCCACGUUAAACUGUGGGUGAAACUGGUCACGCCACUCAUCAAGAACUUCUUCUGAGGUGCAGCCACACACGUGCACAACU